AUGAGUUGUGACCCAAAGAACAUCAAGCUGUACGAGACCCACGGCGAAGACAAGCCCUAUGUUUGUCUCAGUCACUGCUGGGGGAAGGGUACAAUUAGAAAGACGACGACGGCCACCUUGACCGAACACAAGCGAAGAAUCCCUUCGGAGAAACUUCCUCAGACAUUCCAGGAUGCUAUCUCUUUCGCCUAUCGGUUGGGAUACAAGUAUCUGUGGAUCGACAGUCUCUGCAUCAUCCAAGACAGCCGCGAGGACUGGCAAAGGGAAGGCAGCAGAAUGGCACAGAUAUACUCCGGUGCCGAUUUUACCGUCGCUGCCACCGACGCCAAUGUCCCAUCGCAAGGAUGUUUCCGCAAGCAUCCAGAACGUCCUAUCAGCAAGUUUUCGUACCCGGACAUGAACGGCUCGAUGUUGGACAUUUGCGUCCGAUCCAGCAUAAACCAUUAUGCUUGGAGAUAUGGCGAAUAUCCAUUACUGAAACGUGGCUGGACGCUACAAGAAUGUCUACUUUCCCGACGCCUGGUGCACUUCACAGCCGAAGAGAUGUUUUGGGCGUGUAGGACAGAGAACAAAUGCGAGUGCUCGUUCUGGUGGGACUUGGGAAAAGUGCCUUUCGGAAAUUUUCGCAGCCCCAAAUAUCUCAACACUAUACGUCACUCUAAGCCGGAGGAGUGCACGGCUCUGUGGCAUGGUAUUGUCACCGAAUACACUAAUUCGAGCUUGACGUACGAAACGGACUGCUUCCCAGCUUUGCAAGGAGUCAGCAAAGAGAUGUAUACUGUGAAGAGGUCGGCAUACAUGGCCGGAUUAUGGGAGAGCAGUAUCAUGGACGAUCUACUGUGGUAUUCUGACCACAAGGACAAAUCAUCUAAACCAACGGCAUGGCGCGCACCGUCAUGGUCAUGGGGAUCUGUCAUUGGGCGAGUCGUGUGGCCAAAGUGGCUCUCGCAGACCAUACCUUUAUCGACUUACAUUGGGAAAGAGCUCACCCCUGCAAGAGGAGGAGACGGGUACGGGGAAAUAUUAUCCGCAAAGAUUACCCUGCGAGGUCGCUGUUUGCUCCCGAACGUGGAAGGAACGUACCAGCCCUUUGCUGCACCAGACGAAGCCAUCAAAUACCCCGAUCAUCGCGCUUGGAGGAAGUGUCCUCGCAAAAUCUACCUCGAUCGUCCACCGGAAUUGGAACGUCCUGAUAGCAAGAGGGUCGUCAUGUCUACCGGGCAGGUGAAGACGCUGCUCAUAAGCGUGUACAAGAUGCAAACACAGGAACACCUCUAUGCCAUGUUGGUUCUGCAACAGGUGAACAGGACAGCGAACACCUACACGCGGAUUGCAUAUAUGGAACUCGAGACACGUAAGGGUUGCGAUAUGUCCAGUCUUCCGUUGGGUAACGAGGAAAUUCUGCACAUCAUCUAG